GCUGGGCAUGCGUAUGCGUGGAAUUUGCGCUGUUCUCCACCUCCAGCUUCGCGCCUGGAAAUUGACGGUCCCAGCUCUGCUCGGCUCUGCAGUCCUAGUAUCGGCAGCCAUAAUUUCACGGCAACCAUUCUGGCAAUCAUCAGGUGAUCGUCUUGACCAAGUACUAAGUCGUGGUUGCUACUGUAACUCGCUACUUCACAAGCACACGGAUGCUAGUAUCUUUGGCGGCUCCCGUUAAGCUACUUAGUAGGUUGCUGAAGUACUCGAGGCAUGUAGCGCGAUUACUAAUCGAAGUAUGUGAAUCAAACUAGUAUGACAUGCGCCUGCCAGGCUUAUUACUAAUCGGAAAGAGGUCGGGGUACUACCAGGAUGCUGCUGGGCACUGGCCACUAGCUAGUGGCAUGUGUCAUUCAUGCAAAGUCAUGCGGCCCUAAUUGCCCCAUUUCCAAAUGGCAGUGAUUAAGGCAAGAUAUCGGUACCAUCAUGUUCACCAUUCGCCACGAAAAGGCGAAUUCUCACAUCACUGUCUUGUUCGAUCUACAUCAAAUUUCUUUCUUCUUCAGAAA